AUGAAGCUAUCAGCCGCCGCCAUUGUCUUUGCGACCCUCGGUUACGUGUCUGCCGCCGCCGUGUCAGUUCGGGAUGAAAAGAUCGACCUCCAGCGCGACUAUGACAAGGAAACUCAAGAUCUGAAGAACCGCGGCCUCUGCCGCAAAUACGAAGGAAGAGACGAGCCGAGCUACUCCAAGUUCACCGACUUGUGCGAGCCAAAGUGCGGCGACGCCAAGAAGAUCGUGGACGAGACCCACAAGACCUACAGCGUCACCUGCGCGGUCACGGGCACCACCACACAGCCAACCUUCCCCGAUCCCGAGGGCAAGAGGUACAAGCUGGGCCAGUGCUUCUGCAACCUGCCCAUCGUGAACUGGGUCGGCGAGAACUUCGUGGCCUCGCUGCCCGCCAUCGGCCAGGUGACGUGCGCCGUGUGGAAGGAGGCGGCCAAGGACGCCGCCUCGCUCCUGACGGGCGUGGGCGGCGUCGGCGCGGCCAAGACGGGCAUCCAGGCCCUGAUCAAGGUCGCCAAGAUGCUGGCGAGCCAGGGCAAGAGCGCCAGCAACUUCGAGGAGUACGUCAAGAAGCACGUGGCCGCGGGCGAUGCCUGCAGCUUCGACUUCAAGAAGAUGUUUGAAGAUGCCAAGAAGGUCUCGGACGAGGCGCUUGCCAAUGUUGGUGGUGCUUGA